AAUAGCUUGUACCAGUGGCUAGCCUCGGUUGCUAGCUAGCUCUAGCUAAUAGUCUACUAGCUAGCUAUUGGGCGAGAUACUGGUAGGACUGGUUCCAGAGAGGUCCCAAACAGGAAUGACAAGCUCCCUCAAUAAACACAACAAGCACAUCCCUCGAGUGACAGUCGAGUCCCCUCUAACACACGUCUCCCCAACAAAGCCAAGACAAUCGAUCAAUGAGCGAGGACAACAGCAACGACAACAGCAAUGAAGAGGAACCCACCAUUUUGGAGAUCGUUGCCAAGAGACAGAGGCGGUGGCAGUUAGAAGACGAGGCACAAAAUGCCUGGGAAGGGCAUCACGUUUCGGUGUUGGCAGGAACCAGCAACAAUGAAAUUGCCCAUACCAAUACCCGUCUUGCCCAAUUGAACGAGGAAGGAGAAGCUCUGGACAGUAUAACAGGCAACAAUGUCAAGGAUGUACCACGAACUUGCCGUGCUGUUGACCAUCACAAGCAGGGACAUCAGGUUGAGAUGGACAAACAUCAGCACGUCACAUUUACAGCCAACGAUGAAUACCCAGAUAUCAUCCCAGGAGCAUAUGCCGAGGGAGGCAUUGGAACAGAUGAGGACAACUCCAUGAUUCAGCAACACCGUCCACCACAAGAACAACUUCAGAAUCCGAUGCCUGCCGCCGAGAACGAGACCGAUGGUUUGGCAGUGGCCAAUCCGGUCCAAGGACAGGAUGGCCCCAAUCCCAUAGACUUACCAACAGCACAAGACUAUGAUUUGGAAGCUUCCAGGCAACGAAACGAGAAAACUGUUGCUUUCAAACGGAACAUUCUUCUGGCGGUUAUUGUGAUGAUUGCUCUCAUUGUGGUCUUGGUUGCUGCUUUGGUCAAACCAGACAACCCAAGCUAUGUUAUUGUCGACGACACUAUCCAUCCAACCUCCAGCCCUUCUCCAGCCCCUACAUCUAUGCUUUCCUUUGAAGACCAUGUGUUGUCCUUGCUACCAGAUCACUCCAUUAGGGAUGUUCAUAGUCCCCAGUCGUCACAGUUCAAGGCCCUUCAGUGGAUCCUUGACGGUGACACAACCUUGCCAAAUGAGCGGAUCCAGCAGAGGUUUGCUCUGGCCACACUCUAUCACUCCACAGCGGGAGAAAAGUGGGCAAAAGAUACCAACUGGCUCAACCACAGUGUCCAUGAGUGUACUUGGUACAACAAGAAUACCUUUGCCAGCAAGGAUACUCUUCAGUAUGUCUAUCCUGGGUAUUUGGCUAACUUUGAACCUCCCAUGUCCACAUCGUGUGACUCUAAUGGCCAUUACACCAAUCUAUGGCUGGAUCAAAAUAAUCUUGUCGGCCGGCUGCCGCGAGAGCUUUAUCUGUUAACCUCUCUUCAAACAGUCUCAUUGGCAAUGAACCCAGGAUUGCAAGGGAGCACCAUCACCAGUCAUAUUGGCCACCUCAAAGAUCUACGCGGGUUGGCCAUGUUCAUGAUUAUGCUUACUGGUACCCUGCCCACGGAAAUCGGCCUCUUGACUCAACUGCAAGCUUUUGGUGUGAACAAUAAUCUCCUGGAAGGUGAAAUUCCCAGUGAAAUUUGGCAACUCACCAAGCUUCAGACACUAUCCUUGAAUGACAAUCUGAACUUGCAUGGAAGCAUUCCAUCUGCCAUAGGUGCUUUGUCCAAUUUGAGGUGGUUGGUUGCAGAAGAAUGUGAUUUGACUGGCACAAUUCCCACAGAGGUUGGGCUACUAUCUUCUCUUGAAUGGUUUGCAUUGGGAGACAACCGACUAACUGGAACACUACCUGGUGAACUUUCCUUGCUCCCAAAUCUGGUGCUGCUCUCUGUGCAUAAAGACUCCCUUGAGGGCACAAUACCUAGUGAACUGGGGCUUUUGACAUCUUGCACGCUCCUUUCUCUCUCAGCCAACAGCUUUACAGGUCAAAUCCCAAAAGAGCUAUUCCAACUGACUUCUUUGAGACUAAUGGACUUCGGGGGGAACCUUUUCUCUCCAGGAACCCUCCCUACAGAAGUCGGCCGGCUUCAGCUGAUUGAAAAGCUGAGUUUCAAUAAUGUUCAGCGCAUAGGACCAAUACCAUCAGAGCUGGGACUCCUCACCCUUCUGGGGUGGCUACAUAUGCGCGCCAACUCUUUUUCAGGUACUAUCCCAGAGGAACUAAUGGCGCUGCAGUGGUCUUUGCAUACGAUGAGUGUGGAAGAUAACCCCAUGCUAUCUGGAACUGUCCCCAAUGGUCUAUGCAACAUCAAUGGGACCUGCAUUCCAGAUAGCAUCAUAAAUUGCCAGGGAAAUGAUGGGUUGCAUGGGUCUAUCAGAUUUGACUGUACGAGUUUGCUCUGUGGUUGUAAUUGCGCAACCUGCAAUGAUGGCGAUAGUUGAGCUACAACUGUGCCACUCAAUGGAGUCUAUGACGCCGGAUCUCCGUUUCGUUCAAGUCUAUCUGUGUUUAUACAAUAGUAAUGGCUACCGCACUCGGGACGACUUGUUGAUUGCACUCAGUAGCCUGUGCAUGGCUACACCGGCGGUCUUAAUCAUCCUGUAGCCGAACAUUGAGUGACAGUCGAAGCCUGUGGUUUGAUUUCGUUUCGAUUUCGAUUUCUGCUUGCUAGAAUGCCGACCACCUUUUCUUGCGGGUCCGACUGUUUCGUUGAGUGACGCUGCUGAGCCUACGUGUAUUGCAAGUAGUACCAAGGUGAAGAGCAGUUGGCCAAGUUUAGGCUUCCAAGCGUUCUGGAGCCAAAGGAAUGGAACUUCCAGUUUCCACACUCCAGCACACAACUCCGAGCUGCUGCAAAGCAAGCGUCAAGAGACAGCACCAGCCAGCCACUUCGGAUCUGGACCUGCGCCAGGCCCAGUGCUAGGUCCGAAUCGAAUCACGGACCAACCCGCCAUUGACCAACACCGAGCUCGACUACAGGACCUAAGUUGCACCAAAGCACCAGGCCUACAGGGCGUACACAACAAUACCGAAGGCAGCAAACGUGGUGGCCUACUGUACAUGAGUCAGCCAGAAUGAAACCAAAACAGGCCCCUGUACAGUGCCUCCCGCUGCAAACAAACAAACACACACACACACAUCUUUAGUGUAACGACGGGUAGUAUGGUGCCAAUGGAGGAAUCGCUCCUGUGUCCCAGCCGAAGCCCAUCUCCUCGUGGGCCAUCACCCGGCUCAUCAUUGACAGACUCGACUCGCUCCAGGCAGGACCAACACCUUGUCAACUUCCCCGGCCUUCUCUGGUUCCUUUGUUAGGAUCCAAGUGACGGGGACGAAAUUUGGCGGCUGUACGGUACGGACCAACCGGAGUAGAAUCGUAGAUGGAUCUAACAAGGCGACGGUGCCCUUGAGGCAGAUCCGGUUUUGAUUGCAUACAUGUAUUGUCCUUGGCAUUCAAAUGAAAAGUCCUCAGUUGCUGCUGAGCGACCAAGAACUAAAGUGCGAUGCAAUGAGUGCAAAUCUCCAUCAUGACUGAUUUCCUCGAGUGCAACAACCAAAACACAACAUACGACACCAGCACCAGGUAACAGGUAUGUCGUGUUUCCUUAAUCUAGCUAGUAGCCACAGCCAGGCAGCAGGAAUCCGAUCGUCGUUCUGUUCUUACUCCACUUGGACAUGGUCUCUGAGCAUACAAAGGAAUUUGUCACCAAAACAGUAAGCAGUACUGUACUGCAGUAAGUACAGUAGUAGCAGUGCGCUCCUCCAAGAUGAACCGUAGCUAAGGGUGCUCUUCUGGAAUGCUGCAGUAGAAGGUAUCAGUACCAGUACGAAGGAUUGAAGACCAGAGUACCCUCCUUCGCAAUUUUUAAAAUACUAUUAUUCUAAUGCUAAUGUUGCCAGAUUUGUUUCCUAA